AUGAAUUCCUCAGUUUUUUCGUUAUCUCCUUUUCUUUCAUUUUUUGUUAUUGGAUUCUUGCUCUUCAUUGGAAUUCCUUCAUCUCUAAGCAACAAUGACUUGUUCGACUGUAGUAAUAAGUUUGUAUGUGGGGAUAUUUCUGCGGGUUUUCCUUUUUGGGGAACUGGCAGGCCACCUGCCUGUGGCAUUCCUGAGUUGGAGCUCAAGUGUGAGGAUAAUAUCACCAAGAUGAAAAUAAAUGAGGUCGCAUAUCGUGUUUUGGGAAUCUAUCAUGAUACUGAAAUUCUCAGGAUUGCAAGAGAGGACUACUUGGCUGGACUUUGUACGCCUAUAUUUGAAAACAGCACGUUCAAUCCAAUGGUUUUUCAGUCUGUCAAGGGUUACACAAAUCUUACAUUUCUUUAUGGUUGCAUGGCUGCUCCCGGGAAUAUACCUAAUAUUCCUGGAGCAUAUUCACUUGCAAAAUAA